UGUUUUUAUGUGAAAAAAAAAUUUUUUGUGUUGUAUGAAAAAAAAAAGAGUAAAAAUUUGCUGUUGUCACUCGUCUACCAAUUUUGUUUGCAACUUAUUUUAUGGUCACGCACGAUAAUUUUCGUGUUCAUCGCACGCUACUUCUUAACACCAACAACAUAGAAGACAGAAGCACAUCAUAAUAAUCUUCAGUACCAAUUCAUCGUCAUCCACCACCUGUUCAACAGACCAAUAAUAUAAUUAAUUAAAAAAAAUACUCUAAGCGCACACGAAAUAUAUUUAUAAUUGAAUAAAUUUAACGAAAAAAAUUCAGUAAGCAUGCGCAGUAGUAUUAUCUGCGCAGCUUUAUUCAGACGACAGUCGUCCGCACACAACAAAGUCACAACAAAACUCACAUUACACACAAUUAUAGGCAAGCGGCCCUUUGCCGCUGUGUGCUAAAUGACUAUGGCUGAGACCACACUUGAAACCACAACAAAUAACGAUCCAGCUACAAAUCAAAAGCAUGAUCAUGUUAAGAAAUACAAUAAUAAUCAUCCACUAGUGGCAAAUCAUAAUCGUCCAGUCGCCAAACAACGAAAACGUAAGCGUUUAAGCCAAGUAUUGGAUAUAUUAACUGGAGCUGGUAAUCAAAUUGUCACUUCACCAAGUGGUGAAACUGUUGUUAUAAAUCAUAAUCAUAGUCGAGUAUUGAACAAUAACAUGCAUGUACUAAAUAAUAACAAUAAUAAUGUACAAUUAUCACCAACAAAUUGUAAGGAGUACGCAGCACAAAUAAAAAACUCAAAGCAUAUGUCGUCUUCUGGACGUACUGGUUCAGGAGGAGAAAUGCCACCUCAACAACAACAAAAACCACAUCAUCCACACGACGCACAAAUAUUCCGGUUUGAUAGUAUAGACCGUGAACGAUAUCAUCCAUAUUCAGCGAUAUCCGAAGAAGAAGAAGUUGAGGAUGUAUUUAGUCCUGCUGGUUCGAGUAAUAAAUCACCACAUAGUUCAACAGAUUCGCCAAGUAUUAGUUUUAGUCCAUUACGCAUUAAGGAGGAUGACAUGAGUAAUACAAGCUCCCCACCAUUAGCUCCAACACCUACACAAUCCAUAACACAAUUACAUUCAUCACCCCAUUUAACAAUCACUCGUUUACCACCGACUGCACACCCAUGUACGUGUAUUCAUUGCCAAGCAGGUCUUGGUCAUCAACCAUUGCCUCCAUUACAUCCAUAUGAUCGAUUUUUCCCUGCAUCGCCAGCAUCUCCUGCCCCAGCACCCCCUGUAUACAAUUUUGAACAUUACCUACAAACUAAGUACCUGCCGGAUAUAUUUCGACGACGUAGUCAUUCGGAUUCUGAUUUACCAAUGUGGUUUGAGUCACAAGGUACAACAACACCUCAUGGUAGAUCACCCACAAGUGGUGGUGGUCCUCAUCCUCCGCUGAAUCAUCCCACCAUGUGGGGAAUGCCACCAAUGAAAUGGAAGAAAGAAAUUGAAAAUAUACCCUUACAAGAUACUCCACUUGAUUUAUCAAUGAAAGGAAUACAAAAACGGGAAAAAGUAAGUUCAUCAGCCAGUAUGGAGAGUGUAUUACCUCCAUUACAAUUACUCCCUGCAGGUUUUUUACCACCUAGGGGAACUGUAUCGGUACCUGUUGUCAAAGGAGAUGUUGCUAGUCCAACAACAAAAGAAUCAGUUGCUUCCAGAUAUAAUUUGGAAGUAUCUCCUGUGGUAGAAGAAAUGCCACCUGGUUCUGAUGUUGCAUAUGUUUGCCCAGUGUGUGGUCAAAUGUUUAGUUUACAUGAUCGUUUAGCCAAACAUAUGGCAUCACGACACAAAAGUCGACAAAGUAAUACUGAAGCUGGUGCAAAAGCUUAUUUAUGUGAAGUAUGUCAACGUUCAUUUGCACGUAGCGAUAUGCUAACACGUCAUAUGCGUUUACAUACCGGUGUCAAACCGUAUACAUGUCGUGUUUGUGGUCAAGUGUUUUCACGUUCUGAUCAUUUAUCGACACAUCAAAGGACGCAUACCGGUGAAAAACCGUAUAAAUGUCCGCAAUGUCCGUAUGCGGCAUGUCGACGUGACAUGAUUACACGUCAUAUGCGUACACAUGUGAAAUAUGAAUUGGCAACAAGUAGUGGUGGUACCAAUUCAAGUAUAUCGUCAUCCGGUUCAAGUUCAUCACCAUUGGAUACGCCAAUUAAAGUUGAAUCAUCUCAAGUGACGACAACAACCAUUUCGAAUCAACAGCAACAACCGGUAAUUAAAAUGGAAUGAACUUAAAUCUGAACUGAAUUUAUUGUGCUCAAUUUAUAUUAAUUAUUGUGUUUUUUGUAUAACCCUUCGGCUGUGUGGCUUCAUAUAGGCCAGUAGA